AGGACCAGAACCAGAGGGGACUCAGAUCCAGAGAGAGGUUUAUAUCCAGAGAUCGAGGUCCAGAUUGAAGACUCAUCUGAACCUGAGACUGAAGAUGGUGAUGAUUGGAAGGAGACCAGAGAACAUACAUCUGAUUUAAAGUCUGUGCUAAACAGACUGAAAACUGAUGGGAAAUCAAAAAGCUGCUCUGAGUGUGGUAAAACAUUUGAAAGGAAAGGUCAUGUGACCGAUCACAUGAGAAUACACAGUGGAGAGAAACUACUCAGUUGCUCUGAGUGCAGUAAAAGAUUUUGUCGUAAAGUAAAUAUGACCAGACACAAGAGAAUUCACUCAGGAGAGAAACCCUUUAAGUGCAGUGUUUGUGAUCAAAGAUUCUCUUGGUGUACUCAGUUAAAAAGACACAAGUGUGUUGGCUGUUCUGCUUCAGAGCCUCAUGAGAACCAAACUGAGCUAAACAGAGAGGCAGAAACAGGAGCUGAUGGAGAGAACUGUGGAGGACCAGAACAAGCCAGCAACUCAGACCCAGAGAGACAUGUACAUCCAGAGAUUGAGGUCAAGACUGAAGACUUCUCUGAGCAUGAGACUGAUGACAGUGAUGAUUGGAAGGGGACCAGAGAACAUCAGUCAGGUUCAAACUCUAACAUGGAAAACAUUAAAGAUAGAAGAAAAAUGUUGAUUAAGAAGUCCCACAGGUGCUCUGAGUGUGGUAAAAUGUUCAAAAAUAAAGGACAUCUGAAUGAACACAUGAGAAUACACAGAGGAGAGAACUACUUACUUGCUCUGAGUGCAGUAAAAGAUUUAGCCGUAAGGCAGACAUGACCAGACAUAUGAGAAUUCAUACGGGAGAGAAACCUUUUAGCUGCUCCGAAUGUGGUAAAACAUUUCAACAAAAGUCUCAUAUGAAAGUUCACAUGGCACGUCACAGAGGGGAGAAACCCUUCAGCUGCGUUGUUUGUGACAAGAGAUUCAUUUGGACCUUUCAGUUAAAAAGACACAAGUGCUUUGGUGGUCAGGCUUCAGAGACACACCAAACUGAUCUAAACAGAGAGGAAGAACAAGAGGGAGCAAGGAACUCCGAUCCAGAGAGACAUUUACAUCCAGAGAUUGAGGUCAAGACUGAAGACUUUUCUGAACCUGAGACUGAUGAUAUUUAUGAUGAUUGGACAGAGAUCAAAGAACAUGAGUCAGGUGUCCACACUGUGGACAACAUAGAAGACAAUAUAACAGAAAGUGAUAUUAAAUCACUCUGCUGCUCUAAGUGUGGCAAAACAUUCAAAAAGAAAAGGUAUUUGACCACACACAUGAAAUAUCACACUGAUCAGAAACGCUUCAGCUGCUCUGAGUGUGGUAAAAGGUUUUCCCGUAAAGGAUCUCUGACCAGACACAUGAUACUCCAUUCAGGAGAGAAACCAUUCAGUUGCCCCGUGUGUAGUAAAAGAUUUAAUCAAAAGGAGUGUCUAACAAUUCACAUGGCUCAUCACAGAGGGGAGAAACCCUUCAGCUGCAGCGUUUGUGACCAAAGAUUCUCUUGGCCUUUCCAGUUACAGAGACACACUCGUGUUGGCUGUCCUUCUUCAGAGACUCAUGAGAACCAAACUGAGCUAAACAGAGAAGCAGAAACAGGAGAGGACUGUGGAGGACCAGAACAAGCCAGGAACUCAGAUCCAGAGAGACGUUUACAAACACAGACUGAUGUCAAGACUGAAGGUUUGAACUCUGUGGACAGAAUUAAAGAUAAGGGACCAAAGACUGAGGAGAAAAUUAUUAACUGCUCUCAGUGUGGUAAAACAUUCAAAACAAAAGCUAGCGUAACCCGACACAUGAGAAUUCACACUGCAGAAAAAACGUUCAGUUGUUCUGAGUGUGGUGAAAAAUUUAUCUAUAAGAAAAGUCUGACCAGACACAUGGUAAAGCACAGAGGAGAGAAACCAGUCAGUUGCUCUGAGUGUGGCAAAAAAUUCAGCCGACGAUCUUAUCUUGCAUCUCACAUGGGAUACCAUGAUGAAGAGAAACUCCUCAGCUGCUCUGAGUGUGGUAGAAGAUUUAACUGUAAAGGAGGUCUAACUGCACAUAUGAUGACUCACAGAGGAGAGAAGUCGUUGAGUUGUUCUGUCUGCGGCAAAAGAUUUAGCAGUACAGCAAAUAUGACCAGGCACAUGAGAAUUCACACUGGAGAGAAACCCUUUAGCUGCUCUAUAUGUGUUAAAACAUUUAAACAGAAGUCUCAUCUGAAAGUUCACCUGGCACGUCACAGAGGUAAGAAACCCUUCAGCUGCACUGUUUGUGACAAGAGAUUCAUGUGGACUUUUCAGUUAAAAAGACACAAGUGUGUUGGUGGUCAGGCUUCAGAACCCAAUCAAAUCCAAACUGAGCUAAACAGAGAGGCAGAAACAGGAGCUGAUGGAGAGGACUGUGGAGGAUCAGAACAAGUCACCAACUCGAAUUCAGAGAGAUAUUUAUAUCCAGAGAUUCAGGUCAAGAUUGAGGACUCUUCUGAACCUGAGACUGAAGACUUUAAUGUUGAUUGGAAGGAGAACAGAGAACAUGAGUCAGGUUUAAACUCUGUGGAAAACAUAGAAGCUAAGAUCAUACAGAUACAUAGCUGUUCUGAGUGUGGUAAGACAUUCAAUAAGAAACAUAAUUUGACCACACACAUGAAAAAUCACUUUGAACAGAAACGCUUCAGCUGCUCUGAGUGUGGGAACGGAUUCACAUGUAAAAGAUCUCUGACCAGACACAUGAUAAUACAUUCAGAUGAGAAACCGUUCAGUUGCUCCGAGUGCAACAAAACAUUUAAUCAAAAGCAUAGCCUUACACUCCACAUGGCUCAUCACAGAGGGGAGAAACCCUUCAGCUGCAGAAUAUGUGACCAAAGAUUCUCUUGGCCUUUCCAAUUACAGAGACACAUGCGUGUUGGCUGUCAUGCUUCAGAGACUCAUGAGAACCAAACUGAGCUAAACAGAGAGUCAGAAACAAGAACUGAUGGAGAGGACUGUGGAGAACCAGAACAAGCCAGGAACUCAGACCCAGAGAGACAUGUACAAUCACAGACUGAUGUCAAGACUGAGGACUCUUCUGAACCUGAGGGAGAUGAUUGGAGGGAGACUAGAGAAUUUCAGUUAGUUGUAAAAUCUGAAGACUUUUGAGAUUUAACAGCAGAAACUACUCUGCUGCUCUCGUUGUAGUUACACAAUCAGCUGGAGUUAUGUUCACGAGGGAGGCACACAGAAACUGUCACAGGAGAGGAAACUUUACUGUUAAAGAAUGAAACAAGCACUGUUGUCAAAGGUGGAAAAACCCUUGGAUACCACUCUCUUAUUCUUUUAGUAUUACAAGUUAUUUAUUUUGUCUUUUAAAUGUCUGAAAAUUUGGAUUAUUCUUCACUGUAAUUUCCCAGAUUCCAAACCGUCUUCAGAAAUAUUGAUCAUGUGUUGGUUUAUAUGAAUUAAUUUCUGGAUGUUAGUAAAUAAAUCUGUUGUCAUUUCUCUCUGUUGAUCAUGUUAACGUUGGACAAUAUGUACAAACUAAAUGUAACUUUGACAAAGUGUCUAGCUGGUGUUUAUUUAGUGACAGCUGUGAUGAAAUCUGUGUGGACGUACAAACAUCUCCAGUUACUGAUGCAGUCUUAUAGUGGGUCACACUCAGGGUCACUCUCCGGGGUUCAGAGUUACCUCUGCUCUAACUUAC